AUGGGUCCCUUCAGAUGGUUCCUAUUCGUCUACGUCCUCGGUGGCCUCACUUUCCUACCCUUACUAGUCAUCCUUGUCCUCCUCCAUGCCUAUUACACUCUGCCCGAAGCGAAGGAAACUACCUCCAACGCUGAAGCUGCGAGCGACGAUCCUGCUGAACUCGCCCGCCCUGGCGACGACAAGACCUCCUUCAAAUCAGCAACCGAUGACCUAGUGGAGAAGUUCCAUCGCAAACAUGACUCCGAUGUGGCUGCGGGCUACUUUGCAGUCUGCCGCGAAUAUGUCCCUGGAGGUGUCAACGGCAAACCGCCCGAGCGAUUGACACCUGCGGGAGAGACGGUGGCUCAAGAGUCCCCUAGCGUCUACCAGACCAUGUAUCGAAGCAUAUUUGAUAGAUCGCAAAAGCCUACCAUAGAACCGAAUAAAGACCCUGCUGGGAGGAGAUCCAACAAUGUCUUUUAUGUGGUUUUGAGGCAUGGCCACCUCAUGUUGUACGAUGACAUCCAACAAUUGGAAGUUCGAUAUGUCAUUUCUCUUGAGUACCACGAUGUCGAUGUCUACGCUGGUGGUGAAGAAGUCCCCGAAGGUGAACUCUGGAUCAAACGCAACGCGGUUCGGCUGACUCGCAAGAAGACCCGAGCCGGUGAUAAGGCCAGGUCAUUGCCCUUCUUCCUUUUCAGUGAGAAUCAGUCAGAAAAGGAAGACUUCUACUUCGCUCUGCUCAAGAAUCUGGAGAAAAGCAACACAGAGGACGCCCCGACCCCACAAGAGUUCGACGUUCAGCACAUCGUAACACUUGUCCAGAAGCUUCACUCAUCAGAAGAACACUUGCAGACAAGAUGGCUCAAUGCUUUUAUUGGGCGUAUGUUUCUGGCCAUGUAUCGAACACCCGAGCUGGAACAGUUCAUCCGGAAUAAACUCACCAAGAAGAUUGCCAGGGUCAAAAAGCCCAACUUCAUCACAAAGCUCGCUCUAAGAAAGAUCGAUCUUGGAAAUUCAGCUCCAUUUAUUACUAAUCCACGACUCAAAGACUUGACUGUGAAUGGAGACUGCACCGCCGAAGCGGAUGUCAACUAUACUGGCAAUUUCAGAAUCGAGAUUGCGGCAACUGCACGAAUAGAGCUUGGUUCACGAUUCAAGCCACGUGAGGUUGAUAUGGUGCUGGCUGUUACCUGUAAAAGGCUAGAGGGGCAUGUGUUGCUCAGGUUCAAACCGUCUCCAAGUAACCGCCUUUGGUUCACCUUUGAGAAGAUGCCACAGGUAGAUCUGGUCUUGGAACCAAUCGUCAGUACACGACAGAUAACCUACAAUGUCAUCCUCAGGGCCAUCGAAAGCCGAAUUCGAGAAGUGAUCGCCGAAACCAUUGUGCUACCUUUCUGGGAUGACAUGCCAUUCCACGAUACAAGUCAUGAGCGGUUCAGAGGAGGUAUCUGGAAGAAAGAACCACUGUCAGUCGGUUCGACCGAUAUCCCCAGUGAAGAACCCGAGGAUGUUGCAGAGCCUGGGGUUUCCGGGUCAUCGACUCCCGUUGAUACGUCAAAAGACGAAAGAAUCAUGAGUAUGCCGGUAUUGGCUGACAGCAAAGGGCUUGCAAAGUCGAAUUCAGGCAAAAAGCCCAUCUCAUCCUUCAAUGACUUGUUUGGAAUGAAGACAGCUGAAGCAGUCGAUAAGUCCGAUCCGCCCACACCGAGGCUCAUGCGAUCACCUUCAUUUGCAAGCGCCGCUAGCCCUACUAUCACCAGCAACCACGCGGACGGCAAUGUGCCAACUCGAGGCAACGAUCCGACACCAAGGAGUGAGAGUGUCGCAUCAUUGCUGAAAGGAAUCUCCACAAAGUCCGGCUCGGGCAGCGCGUCUCCAUCAGGAUCGCAGACAGGAUCACCGCCCACAGAAUCGGCCAUGACAAGUGCGAUGAAGUCACGGACUGCAAGUGUUGGAUCUAAAGGUUCUAAUGGAAGUGGUGGGCAGCAAUCAGAAGUUCCAACCAUUUCGGACUCACCGAUGGCUCGGACGCCGACUAGCAUCAGCACCACAUCUUUCAACCCCCCCGAAAUCAGUGGUUUAAAACGAGAGGGCUCACGCUCCUCCCAGGAGAGCACUAAACCCAAAAGCCUUGCACAAGCUGCGAGAUCACUAACAUCAGCCGAUAGAAAGCAAGCUCUUGCCUCAAUCAAUGCGGCCACCGCGGCAGCUCAGCGAUGGUCUUGGGGAGUGCUUGCAAGAAAUAAGCAACGCGAGGGACAAGCAGCAACCUCUGGAGAGAGAGGAAACUCCGAGACUGGAGCCGAGAGUCCUGUGUCGGCCACGAGAGAGCCGAUGGGCCGUGGUCGGCCACUCCCGCCUCCAGGAAUACCUUUGCCACCUCCAGAGAAAGCCAUGAAGAGUAGUACAUUCUCGAUGCCGAAGCGCAAGGCGGUACCUCCACCUUUGUUGCCCCAACGGCCAAAUAGCAACGGCGAGGGAGAGCCUUCUCCGGCUAGAUCUUCACACAAGCCACCAGCGCUCCCCGAACGACGAAGAAGGCAGAGUUCAAUGAUGCAUGAGAAUGGAGCAGAAAAUGAAGUGCUGGUUGUUGAGGCGCCGACCGAGUCCGCGCCGACGAGCCCAUCAGCGGAUGAACAUCAUGACGAUUUCUUUGGGCAUGGAGAGCCAGCACGGGCUAGAGAUUCACCUUCCAAGCCACCGUUGCCAGCACGAGGGAGUAGCAGUCCUCCCGCCGUUGAAGAUGACGAAGACAACCAACAAUUAGAGAGGCAGGAAAUUAGCAUGUAUAGUUAA